AUGUCAGCACAAACCAUCACAUUUCAAGCUCAUUCUUUGAAUCCCGCCGAGGUUGUUCGCGUAUAUCGACAUGAUUCCGCCGCGAACAACUCUCUUCCUCCGGACAGUGUCCUGUUGAGAUUCCUGGCGGCUCCUAUCAACCCGCAGGACUUGAUGGUCAUCGCAGGCCGAUAUCCAGUGCAGCCUCAUUACAAGCAUGUGGGAGAGCCCAUUCCCGGCUAUGAUGGUGUUGCACGCGUCGAACGCAUUGGAGAGGGAGUCUCUACUCUGCAAGUCGGAGACCAUGUCAUCCCCCGAGCACACGGACUGGGAACCUGGCGUUCAGAAGCCGUUGUUCCCGCAUCCUCACUUCUGAAAAUCUCGAACAAGAUCGAGCCUAGCACGGCAUGUCUCUUAAAGACCAGUUGCUCAGUUGCAUAUCUGUUGGUCGAGAGUGCGAAGAACCUCCACCCCGGGGACUUUGUCGCGAUCAACGCAGCCAGCGGCUCGAUCGCCCGCAUGGCUGUGCAAUUUGCACGACUUCGGGGAUGCCCCAGCAUUUGCAUCAUUCGAGACCGCGAAGAUGUCGAAUCUGUGCGCCAGUCGCUUCUCAGUCAGGGGGCCCACGUGGUUCUGACCGAGUCUGAAUUUGAAAAGGGCGGGGUGGCUGCCGCCUGCGUCGAGGGCAAACGUGUCAUGCUGGCUCUGGACUCUGUUUUUGGCACAUCGGGGCAGCACUUGGCUGCGCUGCUAUCCACAGGAGGCACAUUUAUCAACUAUGGCUCUCUGGGUGGUGCCUCGGGACAGAUAGCGCUGACCCAGGAGCUUCUCUUCUGGAAACAAAUUACAUUCCGCAAUUUCCGACUAUCCCAAGCUCUGAGCGCAUACCCGGAGCAGGCUCAAGUACAGCUGCUGAAUUGGUUCGUGGAGCUCUUUGAGCAAGGUCAAUUGGUGGCACCACCGGUCCACACGGUGGAAUGGAACAACGGUGAGGGCUUGGAGGAGAAAAUUCGAGAAACCUUUUUGAAGCAGGGCGCAUUGGUGGGCUACCCAAAGCCAGUCUUGCAAUUCGAAUCUGUUUGA